AUGUACGAAGCUUCCAUGGAUGCAAUCCAAUGCAGCUCCAGCUUCCUCCACCGCAACAAGCUCAACAUUCUCUUCUCCAACCACACCUUCCCUAAAAUCCGCGCGCCCAAUCCCAGGCGCCUCUCUCGACCAGCUGCGCAGCCACUGUCGCUUUCCGCCAAGGACAGAAGAAGCAGCGAAGCUGAGAAUGUCGUCGUAGUGGAGAAACCUACCCAAUCAGAGAGAUUUCUUGUCUCCGGUGGACUCCCUUCCCCAUUCGGCGCCACCGUCAGAGACGACGGCGUCAAUUUCUCAGUGUACUCUGCAAACUCCGUCUCCGCCACCAUCUGCUUGAUUUCUCUCUCCGAUCUUCGUCAGAACAAAGUGACGGAGGAGAUUCAGCUCGAUCCAUCAACGAAUAGAACCGGCCAUGUGUGGCAUGUGUUCUUGGAAGGGAAUUUCAAAGAUAUGUUGUAUGGUUACAGAUUUGAUGGAAAGUUUUCUCCUGAAGAAGGUCACUAUUAUGACUCCUCCAAUAUUCUAUUGGAUCCUUACGCAAAGGCAAUUAUAAGCAGAGAUGAGUUUGGAGUUUUGGGGGCUGAGGAAAAUUGUUGGUCUCAAAUGGCGUGUAUGGUGCCCACUCUUGAUGAAGAGUUUGAUUGGGAGGGGGAUAUGCCUCUGAAGCUUUCACAGAAGGAUUUUGUCAUAUAUGAAAUGCAUGUGCGAGGUUUCACAAGGCAUGAGUCUAGCGAAAUUAGAUUCCCAGGCACGUACCAGGGUGUUGCGGAGAAGCUUGACCAUUUGCAGGAGCUUGGGAUAAAUUGUAUAGAACUAAUGCCUUGUCACGAGUUUAAUGAGCUGGAGUAUUACAGCUACAAUACGAUAAUGGGAGACCAUAGGGUAAAUUUCUGGGGUUACUCUACCAUUGGAUUCUUCUCGCCCAUGGUCAGAUACUCAUCGGGAAGCUCUCACAACUUUGCUGGAAGAGCCAUAAAUGAGUUCAAAAUUCUUGUUAAAGAGGCACAUAAACGAGGAAUUGAGGUUAUCAUGGAUGUCGUUUUGAACCACACGGCCGAAGGCAAUGAAAAAGGACCCAUUUUCUCAUUUAGAGGAGUUGAUAACAGUGUCUAUUACAUGCUUGCUCCAAAGGGUGAGUUCUAUAACUAUUCAGGCUGUGGUAAUACAUUCAACUGCAAUCAUCCUGUGGUGCGUCAAUUCAUAGUGGAUUGCCUGAGAUAUUGGGUAACAGAAAUGCAUGUGGACGGCUUCCGCUUCGAUCUUGGUUCAAUCAUGUCAAGGAGCAGCAGCCUUUGGGAUGCAGCCAAUGUUUAUGGGGCUGAUGUAGAAGGUGACUUGCUGACAACUGGUACCCCUGUUAGUUGCCCUCCAGUAAUUGACAUGAUAAGUAAUGAUCCAAUACUCCGUGGUGUUAAGCUAAUAGCUGAAGCAUGGGAUGCGGGUGGGCUAUACCAAGUUGGCAUGUUUCCACACUGGGGUAUUUGGUCUGAGUGGAAUGGAAAGAUAUUUAACGGAUAUGGAAAGUUCCGGGAUGUUGUGAGACACUUCAUAAAAGGCACCGAUGGCUUUUCCGGUGCUUUUGCUGAAUGUCUAUGUGGAAGCCCAAAUUUGUACCAGGGAGGUAGGAAACCUUGGAACAGCAUCAAUUUUGUAUGUGCGCAUGAUGGUUUUACUCUGGCGGAUUUAGUAACUUAUAACAAUAAGAAUAACUUGGCAAAUGGAGAAGAGAACAAUGAUGGAGAGAAUCACAAUUGCAGCUGGAACUGUGGAGAGGAGGGAGACUUUGCGAGUAUCUCCGUAAAGAGAUUAAGGAAACGACAGAUGCGAAAUUUCUUUGUUUCCCUCAUGGUUGCCCAGGGUGUCCCGAUGAUCUACAUGGGAGAUGAAUAUGGCCAUACAAAAGGGGGAAACAACAACACCUAUUGCCAUGACAACUAUGUGGAUUCAGUGAAGAGAGAAAUCUAUGUGGCCUUCAACACGAGUCACUUGGGGACACUUGUGUCACUGCCCGACCGGCCUGGAUACCGAUGGGAACCGUUCGUAGACACGAGCAAACCGAGCCCUUUCGACUGCAUAACACCGGAUCUCCCUGAGAGAGAAACAGCGAUGAAGCAAUAUCGGCACUUUUUAGAUGCAAAUUUGUACCCAAUGCUCAGUUACUCUUCCAUCAUCCUUCUUCUUUCACCAAUUGAUGAUAGCUGA